AUGCCUUGGAUCUGUUGUGCCCACAAAUCACGUCGUUCCAAACGUGAAGAUCAAUACAAAGUCAAAGAAAACUCUAGUAACACGCAGGAAACACAGUUCUCAUGGGAUAAACGAGAGCUGUCAAAUGUGGCCAACCUUAUUAUGAAAGAUGUCGCAAAUGGAAUCGAACUGAGAAAAGAUUUCAACGGUGACCCAGCUGUUAUUGAGAAUUGCAAAGAAAGCACAAUAAUAGUUUUGAGCCAUACUGCCAGUAUUAACAUAGAUGAUUGUCGUGAUUGCCUCAUAGUCCUUGGACCAUGCACUGGAAGCGUUUUUGUGCGAGAUUGCGAAUCGUGUACGAUUCUUACAAUUUGUCAACAGUUUCGUACCCGUGAUUGUCACGGUCUGAAAGUUUCUAUCCGAUGCAUGUCGGAACCAAUCAUCGAACAAUCAGAUGACAUCACUGUAUAUCCGUUAACAUAUUUCUAUGAAGGCCUAAAAGGAGAUUUGGAAAAGUCUGGAUUACGUCCUUUUUAUAAUCAGGCUGUGUCUGUUCAUGAUUUUACACCUGAAAAAGGAAAUCCGCAUUUUAAAGUUUUAACUGAAAUUCUAGAGCUGAGUAAGAAGGAAGAAGAUGAUUUGAAAGUGCAUGGUGUUCGAAAUAGCAAACAUUACACUCUUUUCCCACUUCCUGCUGUACAUGGAUGUUCUACAACACUGUCAUAUAUGGGGAAAGCUGCGGAUUUCAGCAAUUUGAACUAUGAAGAAUGUCGUCAAAAGCUGCUGGAUGACAUUGAGGUCACUUCCAAAAUGAUUGUUGGUUGUGUUUAUGAUGUGGAUUUAUCAGAAAAAGAUUAUUCGGAAUUAGGGAUUCCAAUUAAUGAUAUAACGCGAUUGACCAUAAUUGGCAUUGUCGGUGAUGAGAUGGAGUUCAAAAAAAUUAUUCGGCGACAUCCUCUAUUCAAGUUGAUUCCUAAAGAUUCGGGUAAUGAAUUGGUAGCUGCUAUGCGCAAGACAGGCAUCUGUCGAACAGAUCCAGAUGAGAAGGAUCGAAGUUAG